GCCACACUACAACUAUAUAUAUAUAUUUAUUCAGUCCCUUUACCACUUUAUCCACUAGCGAAACUUUUAUUCUUUAUCUGCGAAAAAAAAAAAAAAAAAACCAACAUGGAAGCUUGUUUAUUCACCGCCAAUUCCUUCACAACAACUACCGAAUUUUCUCCUUCAAUUAGACCCAGAAUUCUCAGCUACUCCAAGAGAAAUUCUCCUCGGUUUCAUCACAGAAAAGUUGCAACUCCAUCCUCCAUAACGUGUUGUUUGCCGGAGUCAUAUUCACCGUCUGAUGAUGACAAGAAGCCCUUGAUUGAUUCCGAUUGGAGGUCAUUCAGAGCAAAACUGGUCGCAGGAGAACAAGUAUUUAGAUCGCAAGAAGAGCCUUCCUCCUCAACCGUUGACCUUGACACCGUGGUGGAUCAUCCUCCGUCUAUCAGCAUCGGUGACAAGUGGGCCCACACUAUCCACGAGCCCGAAAAGGGGUGCCUACUCAUUGCAACUGAAAAGCUCGAUGGGGUCCACAUCUUCGAGCGGACGGUCAUUCUUCUCUUGUCUACUGGGCCUUUGGGCCCAUCGGGCAUCAUUCUAAACCGGCCUUCACUGAUGUCUAUUAAGGAAACGGGAUCCACAGCUUUGGACAUCGCUGGCACGUUCUCCGACAGGCCCUUGUUCUUUGGUGGGCCGUUGGAAGAGGGCCUGUUCUUGGUGAGCCCAAAAGGAGAUGACGAUGGCGUGAGGAAAAGUGAGGUGUUUGAAGAAAUAAUGAAGGGACUGUAUUAUGGGACAAAGGAGAGUGUAGGAUGUGCUGCCGAAAUGGUGAAAAGGAAUAUGAUUGGGCUUGGGGACAUAAGGUUCUUUGAUGGGUAUUGUGGGUGGGAGAGAGACCAAUUGAAGGAUGAGAUAAGGGCUGGUUAUUGGACCGUCGCAGCUUGUAGCCCAAGUGUUAUUGGGCUUGGUAGUGUCGGAAAUGUUGGGCUGUGGGAGGAAGUCCUCGGGCUCAUGGGCCCUAGGAAGGUGUGGUGAGGAUUGCUAUAAAAUUACCAAAUUAGGUCCAUUACCACUUAUCAAGUCUAGUUAUUCACGUGCGUAUUCUUACGUGUAAAUUAUCUAUUUUGUAGUAGUAUAUUCAAAUACCAACUCUCUAAGAGUGGCAUUUUUUUUUUUCUAAUUUACCCGUGAGAACUUGACUGUUAACAGAUGCCAAUCGUGUAAUCACUAGUUACUUUCUAGUCAAAUGUAUAUUGUACAUAUGCAAAUUUUUUUUUUCUUAGAAUUGUUUUCAAAACGGGUUUUAAGCUAUAAAGUGUUAAAAUUUC